UUUUCUUUUUCCAAAGGGAGCUUGUGUACUAUUGUUGUCGUCGUCUUUGUAACAGUAAGAGAUGUUCCAUUUCGCUUGCUUGAUGCUUGUCUAGUUUUUGGAAGGAUGGAUCUUGGGGUGGUGGGUUUGGAUGGGUUGGUGGGUUCAAACACUGGGUUUGUUUCUCUAGCUUCAGAUCCUGAACCAAAGCAUAAGUGGUAUGGAUCUGGGUUCAAUAAGCAAGAAAGAUCUGGGACCACUGAAGAUGAAUGGAGAAGCUCCAAACUUGCUAAGACUGAUGAUAUAUCUGCCUCUAAAGCAAUGUUGCUUCAGCAGAGGAACUCUUUGCUGAGAUCUAAUGCCACUUUGUUUUCUGAUGGACAGCACCAAAACCAAAUGCUUAGUUUCUCUUCUCCAAAAUCAGAGCCUUUGUUGGUAGACAAGGCCACCCCAAAUGCUACAUUACCUUAUUCUUACCACCCAUUCUCUAGUUACAGCAGAAAUACAGGUUACAGUUCAGGAAUCAUGCAUGGGGUUAAUACUGGUGCCAGAGGGCCAUUCACUCCGUCUCAGUGGAUGGAGUUGGAACACCAGGCCUUGAUCUACAAGUACAUAUCAGCAAAUGUGCCUGUACCUUCUCAUCUUCUCAUCCCAAUCAGAAAAGCGCUUGAUUCUGCUGGCUUCUGCAACUUCUCAACCGGACUCCUUAGACCCAAUGCAUUGGGGUGGGGAGGUUUCCAUCUGGGAUACUCGAACAACACUGAUCCUGAGCCAGGAAGGUGUAGGAGAACAGAUGGGAAGAAAUGGCGGUGCUCAAGAGAUGCCGUUGUGGAUCAGAAGUAUUGCGAGCGGCAUAUGAACAGAGGACGCCAUCGUUCAAGAAAGCCUGUGGAAGGCCAAUCAGGCCAUGCCCUUACUGGGACCACCACCACCACCACUACUAUUACGCCAAAUAGUUCAAAGCUCAUCCCUAACAACAAUGCUUCCUCAUCCUCACUGUCUAUUGUGGUGCCCGGUAACAGUGCAUCCAACAGCCUUACCUUUGCACACCAAGAACCUAAGAAUAUGCACCAGCCUCUUGCAUCUGAUGCUUCUGUCGCCAACACCAUCAACAGGAUGUUUAUGAAUAACAAAGAGAGCAACGCGAGUGAGAGAAUGCAGGAUGGGCCUGCACUUCCAAUGCUGCCUCCAACCCUUGAGCUGAAACCAAAGGAAAACCACUUUAUGAUUGAGAAACAGCAAUUCCCAUAUGAAGAGUCCUCAAAGAGUAACGAGUUUGGGUUUGUCACUUCUGAUUCCUUGCUUAACCCUUCUCAGAAAAGCUCCACCUUGCUCACUAGCAGAAGCUUUGGUUCUUCACAAAACCCCAUUAACCGAGACACAGAGUCCCAACAUUCCCUACAUUCCCUUAGGCAUUUCAUUGAUGACUGUCCCAAAACACAGUCUAAUAAUCAUCAUCAUCGCUCUGGUGGUGUUUCAUGGCCUGAACUUGACAUGCAGUCAGAUAGGACACAGCUUUCAAUUUCCAUCCCAAUGAGUUCCUCGGACUUCAUGUCAUUCACUUCCUCACCCACCAAUGAAAAGCUCACAUUGUCACCUCUUAGGCUAUCAAGAGAAUUAGACCCAAUUCAAAUGGGUUUGGGUGUGGGUGUGGGAAGUGGUCUCAAUGAAUCAAACACUAGGCAAGCUAAUUGGAUUCCAAUUACUUGGGAGAGUUCUAUGGGUGGUCCUCUUGGAGAGGUUCUGCAUCUUAGUAAUAACAACAACAAUGCAAGUGAUCAAUGUGUUAAGAACUCCUCUGCUCUCAACCUUAUGACUGAUGGGUGGGACAAUAGUCCUCCAUUAGGGUCAUCACCAACUGGGGUAUUGCAAAAAACAGCAUUUGGAUCACUUUCACAUAGCAGUGCUGGGAGCAGUCCAAGGGCAGAGAACAAGACUCAAGAAGGGGCCAGCUUCUGCAAUGACCUUCUCGGUUCAACUCUUGGGAAUGCUUCUUCCUCUUUACCAUAGAAGAAAAGCAAAGCCCUUGUUGCACUUGAACUAUAAAGAAGCCAUGGAAAGGAGGAAAGAACUUUUUUUUAUAUAUAUAAUAUAUGUUAAAUCUCAGAAUUUCGAAACAUGUGUUAUUUUAUUUACCCUUUACCCCUCAU